ACGUUGUAUUACAGUUACUUUUGGCUAACAGUACAAGGGGCUUCUUUUAUUCUUAUAACCACUAUACUUACAUUGUUGAGGUCUUUGUGAUGUUCCUUGGUCUUUUCUGUCUGAAUUCACUUUGAACAAAAUGUGCCCAGCAAUCACUAAAACAAACGUGUAUAUGGUGAAGAGUUAGGCGGUGGGGAUGGUGAUGGGGGUGGGUGUUCCUCAUUUAAAUUACGUAUGUAAGGAUGAAAGCUUCGAAGAAAAGGAUUAUUUUAAUGCUCUUCAAUACUUUAAUUAUAUGACAGUUGUAGUGUAGAAAUGCAAAAGUACUCUUAGGCUUUCCUUCAGGUUUUCAAAAGAACUUUCCCCAUUAGUAAACUACUUCUGCAAAUUGCUAUUGCAUUUCCCAGCUAACCAUUUAAAAGACUGUAAAUGCCGUGUGCAUUACUUCGCUCCAGAGGAAAGAGGUCAGACUGAAUUGUAGUGGUAUUUAAACAUAAAAUAUGGUGAAAAUAAAUCAAAAUAGAACAUCUGAAGGUAAAUUUAGCACAUUCACACAGGAUAAGUAAAGACAAAUAUGUUCAUAUCUUCAUAGCCCAUCACUUUAAAAACUGAAAGUGUUGAUUUUUUUACAAUAAAUGCAGAAGUAAGUGGACAUUAAGAAUAUAUUUCUAUUUGUAUUUGCCACAGAGGAUUCUCCUUUAGCAAACAGCUUUGUUUUCAAAGCUAAAAUACUUUUUAUGAUAGUGUGUAGAUGAUGCAUUCCUCACUGAAUAAUCACAUUUAACUAACAAACUCAUUUCAUAUAUAUGCCUAAAUUCCCAAUAAGUAACUCUUGGGUUCCUCAGAGAUGGAUAUACACAUAAAUGUUAAUUUGGGCAUAUCCACCAACAUAUAUGUGUGCAUUUGAGAAACAGAGAAGUUGAUAUAUCUUUUCUUAAAAAAGAUUUUGAAUACAGUCCAUCAUCUGAAUUGGGUUCAUCUUUGAUUGUAGAGGCGGCUGACAUGGUCAACAAAUUUAUCAAAGAAACCCCCUGGCUUUUGAAGAAUAGUACUUUAUACAUCUGGAUCUGCACAUCCAGGCAAAGUAAGUAAAUUAUUGCAUAACUUUAAGCAUAAUUGAUAACAGACACCUUUAAUUUUUCAUCCCCAUUCUUUUGGCCAGCUUUCACAUUAAUAAUCUAAGCCAUAAAUGUUGGUAGCUAUUGAUCGAAAUCCCCUGUGUGCAUGCAAAUCCAUCUUAAAGUCCCCUGCCUUUCAUGUGUGAGCGCUCAGGGGCCUCUGCUAGAUCUUUUUAUCGGGACCGACCCCCAAUGUGCCUGCAGAAGACCCCGGAUAUGCAACGUGUGCUGAUGGCCACAAGAAAGCUGUCUGUCACAUUCCGUGUGUGUGUGUGUGUGUGUGUGUGUGUGUGUGUGUGAUUGCGAGCGCUCACGCCUUGACACACACACACACAUACACAUUCAAAGAUGGGGAAGUUAAAGGAACAAAAGAAUGUAUUAGACAAGAAGAAAGAUGUGUAAUAGGAGUAUUAAAAAUGUAUAAGUGUAAAGGUGUCUCAGUCCACAUAUAAAGAUACUCCCAUAAAUUGUAUAUAUAGACAAAUUCCCAAAUCCCCUAGCCUUUUUUUUUCUAUAUUUGACCCAACAGAUGGUGCCUUUAGUUUAAAAAUAAUACUAAAUAUGCUAUUAGUUUUAAAAAUCAUCUAUAUUGCCAGCAUUUUAAAGGUAGAAAGAGAAGACAGGAGAGGGAAAGAAUGUAAUUUUGAAAUGGUUACUAAAUCAUUUUGCCAUGUGCAGGAGGAAUAGGAGUGUGUGUGUGUGUGUGUGUGUGUGUGUGUGUGUGUGUGUGUGUGUGUGUGUGUGCGCAAAUCUAAAUAGGAAUGGAGAACAACUAGAACUACCUGCCCCCUGCUCCUCCCUCCCCCUCCCCAAAAGGACGCUCUAGCCAACCUUUUGUAACGUCUUCUCAAAGGCUUUUUCUGAGUUUACUAUUUCUUGGCUGUUUGACUCUCCGGUGGAAAUCUUAAAGCUGGGGGAGGGGAAUUGGACGGGGGUGGGGUGAAAGGAAGAGGGCUGGCAGUAUAUAAGUGCAUCAGGAGGAAUUUUAAAACAUUAUUGUCACUGGUCGUAGAAAGACUCUGGUCAUUCUACUUUAAAAUACAAACACCAGCAUCUGCUUUUCCUGGAAACUUUGCUUUCUGCUUAAACCUUUUGCAUUUUGCCUCCGGUGAAAGUGAAAGAGAAAAACGCGGUAUGAUGGAUCCAGAUGCAAGAGAAAGCCAACUCGGUGGAUGGUAUUAGCUGUGACGAGGCAUUGUUCAUUGCUGCCUCUCGGUUACGUUUAAAGCCUGAAAUAUCACGAGAUCCAUUCAAUGAUCCUUCUCUCAUUCAAGGGACAAAAAUGUAAUUUGCUGUAGCUCUGAUUUCUUGGAUGGAAAUGCUAGCCUUAGAUUUCAAAGGCAAGAACUAGACAUCGCGGUUUGUACACACAUUGAUUAAGUUGAAGAGCGGCGAUUACAUCUGUGCUGAGUGCAACAGUAGUCCAGAGCUGACUUUUCAAAUCCCAACCUCUGAGUUACAGACUCUCUUAAAUAGACUUCCUUAAUUUCCGGAUGCACUUCUUGAAAUUCCCAAUUCUCUUCAAAAUUCCUGGGAAAUUACAAAGGAGAUGAGAUUGGGGGUGGGGAACUGUGGCUGAGAUUUCAUGCAAACUACAUUUUUGUAUGUGAUUCCUCGGUUUUUAUCUUUUUUUUUUUUUUGAGCCAUACCUGCUUGUGCUAGCCAGCCCAGAGGAGGGGAAGCUGGAACUUUUGGAUGUAAAGGAAGAAACUGCUGUACAAUUUUUUUCUUGCAGCUUCAGAAAUAUCCGUUUAUUCUUUUAACCAUACGGAUGUGUCUAUUUUUGCAGGAACAGGAAACAUAUAAAUGCCUGGAUUGCAUUUAUGUUGUAGUUGCAAACACCGAACAGUUAAGAAGAUUUUGCUGAAUUGUGCAAAGCAGCCAACAAACCGCCUUGGGAUCGUGGUAACGCAACUGGAAAGACCCUUGUUCUCAUUUGGCAAUAUGUUGGAUAUCCUUGAAAAUGACACCAAAAUAUGCCUUAAUUUGACUAAGAAGAGGUUAAACAAUAUUGAUAUUCAUCCAAAGUGAUUUUUUUUAAAGCAGAUGCUUGGCUUUCAUGAAAAAAAAGGGGGGGGGCGAGUUGUAGAAGAUUCAUUUGAACUCCCAACCAAAAGCAUCAUAGACGUCUGAAAUGGUCUGCAUCAUAUAUCAGCACUUUCUUUUCAUCGUUAUUACGUAAAACCUCUGGUAGCACCUUGGGCGUUUUACGUUUUCUUUUCUUUGCUGCAGAAGCUAGCAGCUUCCUGGAAUUCUGGCCUGCAGUGAACAGGACCCAGGCAGACUGUGCUGGGGACUCUAGGACGAUCCCGCCUUCAAUCCAGCCUGGUUAAUUGGGAAAAGUGUACACAUUUCUAGCUUAUCUAUGCUUUGUUAUGGGUCUGACAUGAAACUACCUCCUCCCCACCCCACCCCCCAGCAGAGAACCCAAAUCCAAUUGAAUUGUUAGUGUUUCGGAGCUGGAACCUUGAACUGCUUCCUUGGUCAAAAAACUUUGUUUCUGGUUUUAAAAAGGCAUUACAGAAAAAAAAAAAAGAAAGAAAAUCGAGAGAAAUUCAAAACGUAAGUCCGUACUGGGGCGGCUCACCGCGCGGAUUUAACUUUGGAGCUCGCAGCCGGUCGGUCUCCUUCCCCAUUCCCAUAAGGGAAAUACCAGGCUAUUCUGCACAUUUUCACUUAAUCUCCAUUUUCCAAAGGAAAAGGGGGUGGGGUGUAUCUAUUUAGGGUUGAUAAUGUUUUUUAAAUGCUUUUCUUUGAAAUGAUAAUAGCUGUAGCGGUAAAAUGCAAAUAAAGCAAAAAAAUAGGCAAUAUUCCUUUAAAGGCGAAUAUACAGUUUUGUGUGUGUGUGUGUGUGUGUGUGUGUGUGUGUGUGUGUGUGUGUGUGUGUUUAAGCGUACACACACUGGUUCAGAUGAAGUCUGUGAGUCAGGCUGUUUCUGAGCUCCGAUAGUUUAAUGGAAAGAUUUAUAUACCGACUGUAUUAUUUACUUUGGGAGGGGAGGUGGCAGUAUAAGGGUAUGCUAAUUAGUGGGAGAUUUUGGGGGGAAGGGGUGGAAUAUCAAUUUUUAUUGCAUCACCUGUCAGGAGUGUCCAAUCAGCGCUGGCUUUAGGGGAAUUAAUUGAUGAAGGUGUCUCCGGACGAGCUCACUUCACUCUGUCAUUUUAUUUGUAGCUAAAGCAGCGGCGGGAAUAGCAGCUGCAUUUCUUUUCUCUUUCUCCCUUCACAUUCCAUUAUCAUAGUGCUCCAAUGGAGAAGGAAGGAAUAGAGGGGCCCAGGUACUGAUCUGCAUCGGGGACUUACACCAACUCACUGGUAGAUCAAAAACCGGAUGGUUUUUUCCCUCUUUUUUAAAAAAACGAAAACCAAAAAAAAAGCAAGAAUCAAGUCAGUGUAAUUUCAUGUUGUUGGUUUUUUUUCCAAUAAUUUCGCCUAGAGUUUGGCACUCCCUUCGCCGGGAAUAACAGUCUUUGUUAUUUUAUUAGCAGGAUGCCUUGAGACACACGCAGCAUCUGGUGGAGGAUUAACAUACAUACAUGUGUAUGUAUGCGUCACGUAUAUAUUUGCUGCAAAUGGUGGGGAUCAUUUAGUGCCCGAGAUGGGAGACCUGAAGUCAGGUUUUGAAGAGGUGGAUGGCGUGAGGCUCGGCUACCUCAUCAUUAAAGGAAAGCAAAUGUUUGCUCUCUCCCAAGUCUUCACGGAUCUGCUGAAAAACAUCCCGAGGACUACCGUGCACAAGCGCAUGGAUCAUCUGAAAGUGAAAAAGCACCACUGCGAUCUGGAGGAGUUGCGGAAACUCAAGGCCAUCAACAGCAUCGCCUUCCACGCCGCCAAAUGCACGCUCAUCUCCCGGGAAGACGUGGAAGCGCUCUACACCUCCUGCAAAACCGAGCGGGUCCUCAAGACCAAGCGCAGGAGGAUCGACCCGGCCCUGACCACAAAGGCCCCGCCGCCAGAGCGCGCCGCCGCCGCCGCCGCCGCCGCCGCCGCCAGCCCCCGCCCGGCUUUCUGGAAGGACAGGCACCAACUUUGGCGGGGCCUGAGCGGAGCCGCGCGGCCCCUGCCAAUCAGCGCGCAGUCCCCGCGCCCGGGCGCCGCCGCCGCCGCGCGCCCCGCCGCCCAUCUACCUCAGAUUUUUAGCAAAUACCCGGGCUCGCACUACCCGGAAAUCGUGCGCUCGCCUUGCAAACCCCCUCUAAACUAUGAAACUGCUCCGCUCCAGGGAAACUACGUCGCUUUCCACUCGGACCCGGCUUAUUUUCGGAGCCUGCUGUGCAGCAAGCACCCAGCCGCCGCCGCCGCCGCCGCCGCCGCCGCUGCCGCGGCCGCGGCGGCGGCCGCGGCGGCGGCGGCCGCCGCCGGGGCCACUUGUCUUGAGAGGUUUCAUCUGGUUAACAGCUUCUGCCCGCCUCCCCACCACCAUCACCACCACCACCACCACCACCAUCACCACCACCACCACCACCACCGGGCCCAGCAGCCGCCACACAGUCACCCUCAUCACCACCGGCAGCAGCCCCAUCCGGGCAGCUUUCCUGAGAGCUGCAGCAGCGACUCGGAGUCCAGCUCCUACUCGGACCACGCAGCCAACGACUCCGAUUUUGGCUCCAGUUUGUCUAGCUCCAGCAACUCUGUGUCCUCGGAGGAAGAGGAGGAGGAGGGAGAGGAAGAGGAGGAAGAGGAGGAGGAGGAAGAGGAGGAGGGGGGCAGCGGGGCCUCGGAUUCCAGUGAAGUCAGCUCGGAGGAGGAGGACUCGUCCUCCGAGUCGGACUCUAGCUCCGGUUCCAGCCAAGAGUCGGUGCAGAGCAUCCGUUUCAGGCGCACCAGCUUCUGCAAGCCGCCCAGCGUGCAGGCGCAGGCCAGCUUCCUGUACCAUCUGGCCUCCGCCGCGGCUGCAACCAACCCCGCUGCUUUCGAGGAUGCCGGUCGACUUCCCGACCUCAAGAGUAGUGUCAAAGCCGAGUCGCCAGAGGAGUGGACUCUGCAGAGCUGGGCCCCCAAAGCGUCUCCGGUGUACUGCCCGGCCAGCCUGGGGACUUGUUUCACAGAGAUAAGGAACGAUAGGGUAUCUGCGAUUACAUUCCCACACUCUGAAAUUUCCAGUACUGUAAAGAGAACUGACCUGACACUUAACUGCCUGGCGGAGGGGGCCUCUUCACCUAGCCCAAAGACAAACAAUGCAUUUCCACAACAAAGAAUACUCCGGGAGUCUAAGAAAUGCUUGCAAGCAACUCCUACUACACCCGGUGCAGAUAACACAAUAGCUGCUAGGUUCUUCAAUCAUGAUUCUUCACGAGCAGCAGCAAAUUCAGAAAAAGAUUCCAAAAUCCCCCCUUGUACAGAAUUUGCUACGGAUUUGCCCUCUUUGCAGACUGACCCUGGGGUGGAUGUGGCAGCAGCAACGAAAGCGGAGAGUCCCUGCACUGACACAGGCGACAGGACACUGCCGUUUCUGCACAAUAUUAAAAUCAAAGUCGAAGACAGUAGUGCUAAUGAAGAAUAUGAACCUGACCUUAUUACAAAUAAGCUAAAGUGCGAGUGCAAUGAUACAAAGGGUGAGUUUUACAGUGUGACUGGAAGUAAAGAGGAGGACACCUUGCUAACCACAGCCAAGGAAGGGUUUGCAUGCCCUGAAAAAGAAACUCCUUCCUUAAAUCCACUGGCUCCAAGUCAGGGCCUUUCAUGCACUUUAGGUUCUCCAAAACCUGAGGAUGGGGAAUAUAAAUUUGGUGCCAGGGUGAGAAAAAAUUACCGGACACUAGUUUUGGGAAAGCGACCUGUACUUCAGACACCUCCAGUCAAACCAAAUUUGAAAUCAGCUAGAAGUCCUCGUCCUACAGGUAAAAGUGAGCUACAUGAAGGAACACUGGAUGAUUUUACAGUUAUAAACAGACGCAAAAAGGUAGCCAGCAAUGUAGCAUCAGCAGUGAAAAGGCCAUUUAAUUUCAUGGCAAAUUUUCCUUGUCCACCAUCACUCAUUAUUGGGAACGAUGGGGAUUUGUGGCCUGCAUAUUCCUUAAACACCACUAAGGAUUCCCAACCUCCUCACAAGGCCCAUCCUAUCUGGAAAUGGCAGCUGGGCGGUUCUGCAAUACCUCUUCCACCUAGUCACAAAUUCAGGAAAUUUAAUUCAUAAAAGUGUUUUGGAAGAUAUUUUCUUGAACCCUAUUACCUUCCUUUUGUUGUAAACUGCACAGGAUGGUUUGUACAAGUCCAUUAAUGUGUUACACCCCUUUUGGAGUCCUGGUUUAUCGCAUUUUGAAGACAGAAAUCGGAUUACUUUUUUUUUUUUUUUUACAU